GGAGGAGGUGAUGCUCCUCCUGUUCCCCUCCAGUCCAGCAGGAGGAGGUGAUGCUCCUCCUGUUCCCCUCCAGUCCAGCAGGAGGAGGUGAUGCUCCUCUAAGCUGCUUUAACAACCAAGAAGAAGAAGAAGCAGCAGAUGAUGAUGAUGAUGGCGGAGCAGCUGGGCGGCGGUCCCGGUCCUUCUGGUCCUUCUGGUCCUUCUGGUCCUUCUGGUCCUUCUGGUCCUUCUGGUCCUUCCUCCGGUUCCUCCGGUUCGGUGGCGGACUACUCUGUUCUGGUGGUGGUGGGAGCUCUGCGGACUGCGGGUGUUCUGGACCAGCUGCUGCAGCAGAUCAACUCCGGUGUGCGCUGCUGGCCGGUACAUCUGGAUGUUGGUGUUCUGGAUCAGCAGCUGAAGCUCUUCGUGUCCAGACACUCAGCCUUCCUGUCCCAGGACGUCCCAGGUCAGAGGACUCUUCAGCACCACGGAGACGUUCUGGACUCUCAGGUUGUUGUGAAUCCAGCUCACGACUUCGUCUGCUCCGAGGUCCGGCGGCUGGUCUCUGGUCCGUCCAGACACAAGCUUCUGGUUCUGGCCGGUCAGUGUGUUGAAGAGUCCGGAGACAUCGUGUUACAGAGAGGCUGCUUCUCCCUCCACGACUUCAUCCACGUCUUCACUGACGACGAGGUCGGACAGUUGUUGAGCUCUGCAGACCCGGCGGCGAAGGCCAGCCUCACCCUCAGCUGUCCAGACUUCGGUCUUUGGAAGAACUCCGUUUUGGAGAAACACAACCUGCAGGACUACAUAAACAUCCAGAUCAACCCCCCCACCGUCCUCCCAGAGAUGGAGGGUCUGCAGGAGUUCACGGAGUACCUCUCCGAGUCGCUGGAGCCCGAGUCCCCCUUCGACCUCCUGGAGCCCCCGAGCACUGUGGGAUUCCUGAAACUCUCUCGGCCCUGCUGCUACAUCUUCCCCGGUGGGAGGGGGGACUCCGCCUUCUUUGCUGUUAACGGUUUUAACGUCCUGGUGAACGGCGGUUCCGAUCCCCGCUCCUGUUUCUGGAAACUGGUUCGGCACCUGGACAGAAUCGACUCGGUGCUCCUGACUCACAUCGGCGUGGACAAUCUCCCCGGGCUGAACAGUCUGCUACUGAGGAAAGUAGCCGAGCAGGAGGAAGAGUCUGCUGGAUCUCAGACUGAAGAGGACUGGGUGAAGAACCUCAUCUCCCCUGAGAUCGGGGUGGUCUUCCUCAAUGUUCCCGACAGAUUGAAGUCCUUACAGGGAGAUCCCAGUGAGCUGCGGAGUUGUGACCAGGUGGCACUCACUCUGCAGCAUUUACAAAGACUUGCAAUCAAACCUGAACUUCUCAGUCGGUCUAACGGACCCGGUAUAGAACCAGUUAUCUUGUUUCAGAAGAUGGGAGUGGGCCGUCUCGAGCUGUACCCGCUGAAUCCAGUCAGUGGCAGCAAGAACCUCGAAGCUUUGAUGCAGACGUGGCCAAACAACGGAUCGAAUGUAAAGGGCUCAGAUCUUCCACUACCAUGCCUUGUUUCCAUUUGUGCUUUGCUGGUCUGGCAUCCUUCCAGUCCUCAGGAGAAGAUCAUCCGUGUACUUUUCCCAGGGUGCACGCCACAGACCAGAAUUCUGGAUGGACUUGAAAAACUGAAACAUCUGGAUUUCCUCAAACAUCCGGUCGUGUGUUUGAAGGACCUAGAAACAUCCAAAACUGAGAAACAACCAAAACGAGCAGAGAGUCGGGAAAGCCUGAAGUCCCAGUCUAAGGACUUCAGACCCAGCAGUGCCUUGCAGAAAGACAAGCUUGGACGAGUAGAUGUCAAAAAACAGGAGGUGAAAACCAAGCCAAAGGCAGCAGGUGACCCCGCACCCAAAGAAAAGAAGGAUGGGGAAGAAAAGCCCAAACUGAAGGAUGCAGAUGCUAAAUCAAAGCCACCGAAACCUGCUGAAAAGGUUGCUCCAAAGAAAGAUGUGUCAAAAGAAGAGAAAAAGGAAGUAAAAAAGAAGGACGAGAAGGUCACGGCUGCUGUUGUAAAGAAAGAAGAGAGUGGAGAGAAGAAGAAAGAAGCGGCAAAGAAGGAAACUCUGAGUACAAAACCAAAGAAAGACAUCAAACCUGAACCAAAAAAAGAGAGCAAGAAGGAUUUAAAAACAGAGGAGAAGAAAACCGCUAAGCCAGCUGUUAAAGAGGUGAAGAAAGCGACAAGUGGAGCUUCAACAGCAAGUACAGAAGUAAAGAAAGCUUUGGGCAAAGGUGGGACUCUAAAGAAAGACGGGACUCUUCCAAAGAAAGACACUCUGAAUAAAGUGACAAAAGGUAAACCAGCUACUAAAGAGCAGGACAAACAGAAGGAGGCAGAUCUCUCCAAGGUGUCCACACCGGAGGACAUGACGGCUGAAUUUGAAAGACUUCGAUCGGAAGACAACAAUGGGAACAGUGGUCAGAACUCAAAUGUCCCAGCAGUCAUGAAUUCUGAUGGAGCAAAGGCCAAUGGGAACCAGACCUUGACAGUAGAGAGUCCAGAGAAGUUUCGCUGUAUGGAGACAGACCAGGUCUCUAACUGUGAGGGACAUACCGCCUUCCAUCAGUCCCGUGAAGACGUUAUUGAGGGUUUAAGUGAAGACGGCAGUCUUAGGACGAGAGGAUCCAGUCUGGGCUUAGAGGAUUACGUCCAAGGAGGUUUUAGGACGAACGACUUGAGGGAAGGUCUGGAAAACUCCACGUCCUCUCAACAAAAACAGUCCAGUCUUUUGACGCUCAGUCCUUUCAAAGACUCCUCCACCACCGAGACCUCCAUGCCAGCGGAGCUCAGCUCUCCUCCCUCUACAGAGGUUGAUGAAUCUCUGUCGGUUUCUUUAGAGCAGCCACCCACUGCAGUGUCACCCAAAGCACCGACGGGAGACGGCGUCUACUCUAACGGACAUGUUGGUGACUCAGACUCCAACACAGUGACGGCCUUACCUCUGGGAUCAAACCAUAACGGGCGCUGUGGAAAUGGACCAGAGGAACACAUCCACGGGAUGUCAGAACUCCUCUCAGAUGUUCCACAUGAUGUCGAUCUCUGCUUGGUGUCGCCUUGUGAGUUCCAGCACCCCAGGACGCCAGAGAACCGUCAGCAGCAUGUUAGCCCCGGCCUCGCCGCCGCCAACUCGCCAGACCCCUCUGACAUCAACAACUCCUCACAGGAUCAAAGCAGCGGCGACGGCCCUUCAACCUACAGCCAGGAAACUCCGCCCACAUCAGUAAGCGACUCCCUCCCGACGGCCACGGACUCCGACGUCCCCCCCUGUACAGACGACUGUCCGUCCAUCACGGCAGAUAUGGACUCCGAUGAUGAUUCCAGUAGCCUUUUCCUCCCCAGUCAUCCACAAGAUCAUCCCAGUCAACACUACUCCCGCAGGGGAGGGCAUGACCCGCCGCCAGCCCCGGUCAAGGAUCUGCCCCCUUUACCGUCCCAGCCUGGAGCCUGCAUGGCCGACACAGAGGCAAGCAAGAACCUGAAGAGUUCAGCUGCCAAGACCAAGAAAUCAACAGGUGCGACGCAGAAGGUGACUUCUGGAAGUACCAAAGCCGGCAUCUCCGUGGGGUCACUGAAGAUAACCUCCAGCCUCGACACGAAGCCAUCAUCCCGAAAUUCACUGGGAGGCUCCAGAAUUGGACCUGCAAGACCCUCAUCCUCAGCUUCCAAAGCUGCAGGUUCUGCAGGUUCUGCAGGUUCUGCAGGUUCUGAGGGUUCUGCGGUCUACGUGGACCUGGCCUACCUGCCAUCCGGCUGUGCCUCCUCCACCGUGGACCUGGACUUCUUCAGACGCCUUCGUUCCUCGUAUUACAUCAUCAGCGGAGACGGCCCCGUGAAGGAGGCGGCGAUGAGGAGCAUCCUGGACGCUCUGCUGGAGGGGAAGAGCAGCUGGCCAGAGGUCCAGGUGACUCUGAUCCCAACGUUUGAUUCGCUGGCUAUGCACGAGUGGUACCAGGAGACCCACGACCGGCAGAAGGAGCUGUCGAUCACCGUGCUGGGCAGCAACAGCACCGUCGCCAUGCAGGAGGAGACCUUUCCCGCCUGCAAGGUCGAGUUCUGAGCCCGAAGCCCCGCCCACUUCACCUUUGACCUCUCCACAGAGACGGAGAGUGGACUUCUAUUGUUGCCAUGGUUACAGCCUGACCAGACCGACGAAAGGUGUUCCAUCAGGUUACCUUAAUAGUCCGUCAGCGGAACCUGAAAGCCCCGCCCCCCUUCAGUUGAGUCGUUUUAGUGAGCAUGCUCAGUUACUCCCCGCACCGCUCUUAGUCUGAAGGUUGAUGAGACAGGAAGUCGACAAACGGUUUCCUUUACACUUCCUGCACCUGUGUGACAUCACUGCACGGUCACUUCCUGUCACCAGCUGUCACUUCCUCUCUGCUGGAUCAGGACCGUCAGCUGGCCUGCUAACACACGUUAGCACAUUAGCACGUUAGCAGGAGGCUGGAUACUAAAAGUUCUGACUCAAUUCAAAAGUGCCUAUUUAUACCCGGACUACUGGGACUACUGGGAGCAACGGCAGGUUCUCCAGUAGAUCACCAAUGUUUUUAUGGCUCCAGCAGCCACCUGCACAUUAUACCAGCAUCUGGCUCCAAAAUACAUUCAACAUGUAGAACAAUCAGAACAUUUAGCACAGAUACUCAGUUAGAACAAGAACAGAACAUUUAGCACGGAUACUCAGUUAGAACAUUAACAGAACAUUUAGCACAGAUACUCAGUUAGAACAAGAACAGAACAUUUAGCACGGAUACUCAGUUAGAACAUUAACAGAACAUUUAGCACAGAUACUCAGUUAGAACAAUCAGAACGUUUAGCACAGAUACUCAGAACAGGAACAGAAAAUUUAGCACGGAUAAUCAGUUAGAACAAGAACAGAACGUUUAGCACAGAUACUCAGUUAGAACAAGAACAGAACAUUUAGCACAGAUACUCAGUUAGAACAAGAACAGAACAUUUAGCACAGAUACUCAGUUAGAACAAGAACAGAACAUUUAGCACAGAUACUCAGUUAGAACAAGAACAGAACAUUUAGCACAGAUACUCAGUUAGAACAAUCAGAACGUUUAGCACAGAUACUCAGUUAGAACAUUAACAGAACAUUUAGCACAGAUACUCAGUUAGAACAAGAACAGAACAUUUAGCACGGAUACUCAGUUAGAACAUUAACGGAACAUUUAGCACAGAUACUCAGUUAGAACAAUCAGAACGUUUAGCACAGAUACUCAGUUAGAACAUUAACAGAACAUUUAGCACGGAUACUCAGUUAGAACAAGAACAGAACGUUUAGCACGGAUACUCAGUUAGAACAUUAACACAACAUUUAGCACGGAUACUCAGUUAGAACAAGAACAGAACAUUUAGCACAGAUACUCA